AUGCUUCAAAGGAAGAGUGAUGUUGAGUCUUACAGACAACUAAUCCUUCAGGGUCUGGAAGUUGCUGAUGGCUCAGGGCCGGAGAGUGCGAGAGGCGAUCUGGAAAGCGACGACAAAGCACAUUGGUGGAGCUAUGACAGCGAUGAAGAUCGUUACGACUAUGACGGCUCUGAGCAUGACUCCGUCAAAGACUUCACGGCGUGUGACAAGGAGUGUGGAUACUGCGGUCAUUGCGAUUAUAAUCGUGACUCUUCGUCUAUUCUGAACCAGCUCGCAAUACUGUGCAAGGCGUCGAGAUAGAAUACAAGCCGCAGAAAUGCCUCCAUGUAAUUAGAACAGAGAGAAAGACUGUGAGUACAGUAACUCCAGGUUAGUACCUUCCCAUUCUUCUUAAUAGCACAAACGCGUCACGGCA